AUGGGAUUAUGUGGAGAAGUCGGUAAUGAAGAUGAAACAAAAAUUUAUGGAGUGAUGCCUUAUGUAGCUCCUGAAGUAUUAAGAGGCAAGCCUUAUACUCAAGCAGCAGAUGUAUAUAGCUUUGGCAUGGUUAUGUAUUAUAUAAUAACUGGGAAACAACCUUUUGAAAAUCGUGCACAUGAUAGUUUAUUAGCAUUAGAUAUAUGUAAUGGAAUUAGGCCCGAAAUACCUGAAAUACCUGAAAUACCUGAAUUGAAAUCAAAUCUAUAUAUUGAUCUAAUGAAAAAGUGUUGGGAUUCAGAUCCAGAUAAAAGACCAAAUGUUGAAUUAAUUGGCACUAUUUUAAGUGUUCUUUCAAACGAAUCUCCUGCUGAAGAUAAAAAGAUUAAAAAAUGA